AUACAACCAUAAAUUAAGCGUUUAUUUUGAAAAGAAAGUAACUCACAUAUCUAUACAAGAUAUUGCUAUUUAAUUAUGUCCAAACAAACGAAUGAUGUGCAGUAUUUGCGAUGUUUAAAGUGUCUCAAGACCAUCAAGUGCUCACGUUAUGAUACUGGAUGCCUGGUGCGUCAUGUGCAGAAUCAUCAUCCGGAGAUCAUUGAGAAUGCCAGUGACAAAGUGAGAAAUCUGCACAAACUGGCGGCGGAGCAUGGCAUUAGUGAGGAGCGUCUCUCGGAGAUUAGCAAGAUGACGGGCAUGUCGGAGGCGGAAAUGGCAGACGAAGCAGAGCGUUAUCUCGCCAAGCGUAAACAUCAAAGCGGCAGUCAACCUUCUAAAAGUGCGAGCCCCAGAGUUCAAGAGAAUUGGCAGGAGCCGAAGAUAAACGACUCCAAGGACAUAAAUAAACGUCAAUAUUAUCGCAGUUCCAUUGAACGUUGGAUGCCCACCGAUGGCUGCAUUUAUUGUCCCAGUUGUGGCUGCAAUCGUCGUCCUUUGUUAAAGAGCAGUUCCGAGUUCUAUUCCAGCACCGGUUGCUCGGCUGCCUGUGUCGCAAAUUGUUGGCCUUUUUGCUUUUUGCCCUGUUUAAACUCGGCCGACAAUCGCGAAUAUUUGCACUGUGCCAAUUGCAAGAGUUUUUUAGGUAUCUACGAUCGUGAAAACAAUUGCAUUCGACCCAAUCGUGAAUUUGUGCCACCCAAAUAAAUCAUUUGAAUACAUGUACCGUA